AAAGUUGUGGAAAGUUCAUAGACGUCCGAUUCGAGUAACCGAACUGUUCGAAUUCAUGGUUUGUUUGUGAUCGCCGAAUGCGCGCCAAAAGCUGUUUGUUUUCAACGAGAAACGAUUCGAAGGGUAGCAAAAUUUUUCCAGGAAAAUUGACGAAGUAAAUCAGUGAAAAAUGAAUAGCUUUCGAUCACCGAUGAGCUGUAUUUCUCCCAAUGCAAGAGUUUUGACCGCCAAGCCUCAGGUAGAACGAACAUUGGACGUGAGACAGAUGCAAAAUAAAGCUAGAAACAGCAUCACAUGGUUUUUCAUCAAUAGCUCUUUACUUGGGAUCAUCGUUUUCGACAUAUUGUACGGAGGUGCAGCGUACAAACCGUUUUGUUGGGUCGAAUGGUGUCUAGCCUCUAUAUUUGCAUUAAAUGCCCUUUACCAUAUAAUAAGAUACACGUGGACAAGUCUCACUUUACAGCCGGUUAUACUAAGUCCUAAGCAAAGACGUUUACUGGGAGUGUCGGAGGACGAUCCCAUUUUUAAGAACGAAGUUUCAUCGCCUCAGAAAACAUCGGAGCCAAUAUUUCCUUUGAACUUGUCGUGCAUAAGUCUCAAUAGGCGGUUAACGCCUCUUGGUUCUCCGGGGUUAAGCGAAUCUAAGAAUUUUUCAACACUGAGUCCGUUCUUCAAGUACAGUAGCCCGAUGUCUGAAAAAUCGCAAUGCAGUCCCAAUGGAUCGUUCAACAAAUCUUUCAAUAUUUCGACGAACGGGAAUCUAACUAGCGAAGAACUGAUUCAAAGCGAGAAAGAGUUACAAAAUUAUUUGGACGAAACACGCCAAAGGAAGCAUGUUCUCUCCACUGAUAUCGAUCAGCCCUCGAAUCUGCUUAGCUCGUUUUGGUCGCAUCCCGCGAUCAGAAGCCCCGGAGAAGUUUCUCCAUUGCUAAGAAGAUGUGCUUACCAAUUAGCACCAAUUGUUGAUAAAUCAAAGUCGAUCAGCCCUGGGACAGAAGAGGGAAACUCGCCUAGAGGUAUGUUCGGUGUACCCGACGUCUGGAGGAAAUACAGAAUCGAUCCAAACAAAGUAAACGAGUGGGCGGCUAAUCUUCGCGUAUGGAUCAAUAAAACAGUUGUCGAACGAGUAGCCGCCGAGAUCGAUAACGUCAGCUCGGCACUGGUUCGUCACGGAUUGAGCGAUUCUCAACCAGGACACGUUGGAUUAGACAGAUUACGAAAACUUGCUCAAGCGCCAUUUUUAGUCACAGCUAUUCCUACUCUGCCGACUUUAGUGCCUUUCCUGGAACUUUCCAACAAUCAAGAGUAUUUGGUCAAUAGGAUCAAGAUUCUUGCAACGGGAGGUUCUAUGAGCGAAUUCAAAUGGAACAGCGGAGGUCCACACAAUGGCAAAGAUUGGGAUACCAGUUUGCCGACUGAUUCAGCGAUAAUCAUGCAUUUAGUGUCGACGUACAUGGACACGCAACUGGAAGCUCCGUUGGAUCAACCAGAUGCCCGACCCUUUACAUCAAGAUACAUGGCUAGAUCUGGAAUGUCUUUGCCGCGUAGCAAGGGGCCCGUGAUAGUGUGUCAAUCUAUAAAUCCACCGCAUUAUUGUCUGGCGCAUUCCGGAGACGCUACUCCAAACGAUUAUGAAGAAAUACAACGGGGUAGAAACAACUUGUUUCAUAUGCUUCUGUUGUUUCUGUACAUCGUUAAAACGAGAGAUCAUGGCAUGUUAGGUCGCGUUAAUUUAGGCACGUCAGGCAUAAACGUCCUUUGGGUAAUCGAUGGUUGAACAACACUUUUUGAUAAAAACGAAUAUUGUGCCAUACCGCGAACUACUAAUAUCAAAAACUGACCAUCGAACGCGUACAAUACUUCUUCCUUAACUGUACACUGCCGAACGGAUCAUUUAUCUUUAACAGCGUUGUACAGAAACU